CAGUGGCGGAAGUGGCGCCGCCGGGAGAUCCUGUUCCGCUCGGAGGCGCUCGGGGGGCUGCCGAGCCGGACUGCGGCUGAGGCAGGAAGAGCUUGGGCUGUGGCUGAUAUGGAGCAGCCUUGCAGCUGAGGCCCCGCCUUCCCCGCCGUGAGGUGGGGGCCCAUCAGGAUGAACAAACUGUCUGGGGAGCUGGCCCGUGACUUGGAGCGCAGCCUGCCCGCCGUGGCCUCCCUUGGCUCGUCGCUGUCCCACAGCCAGGCUCUCUCCUCGCACUUCCUCCCGCCCCCUCCGGAGAAGCGCCGCGCCAUCUCUGAUGUCCGCCGCACCUUCUGUCUCUUUGUCACCUUCGACCUGCUCUUCAUCUCCCUGCUCUGGAUCAUCGAGCUGAACACCAACACAGGCAUCCGGAAGAACCUGGAGCAGGAGAUCAUCCACUACAACUUUAAAACUUCCUUCUUUGACAUCUUCGUCUUGGCAUUCUUCCGCUUCUCGGGACUGCUCCUGGGCUACGCGGUGCUGCGGCUUCGGCACUGGUGGGUGAUUGCGGUCACGACGCUGGUGUCCAGCGCGUUUCUCAUCGUCAAGGUCAUCCUCUCCGAGCUGCUCAGCAAAGGGGCAUUCGGCUACCUGCUCCCUAUCGUCUCCUUUGUCCUUGCCUGGCUGGAGACCUGGUUCCUUGACUUCAAAGUCCUGCCACAGGAGGCCGAGGAGGAACGAUGGUACCUUGCUGCCCAGGCUGCUGUCGCCCGUGGACCCCUGCUCUUCCCUGGCGCUCUGUCUGAGGGCCAGUUCUAUUCACCCCCAGAAUCCUUUGCAGGGUCUGACAACGAAUCUGAUGAAGACAUUGGGAAGAGAAGCUUCUCUGCCCAGGAACGGGAAUACAUCCAUCAGGGGAAGGAGGCCAUGGCUGUGGUGGACCAGAUCUUGGCUCAGGAGGAGAACUGGAAGUUUGAGAAGAACAAUGAAUAUGGGGACACUGUGUACACCAUCGAGAUUCCCUUUCACGGCAAGACCUUCAUCCUGAAGACCUUCCUGCCCUGCCCUGCCGAGCUGGUGUACCAGGAGGUGAUCCUGCAGCCCGAGAGGAUGGUGCUGUGGAACAAGACCGUGACCGCCUGCCAGAUCCUGCAGCGAGUAGAGAACAACACUCUCAUCUCCUACGAUGUCUCUUCGGGGGCCGCGGGCGGGGUGGUCUCCCCCAGGGACUUCGUGAACGUGCGGCGCAUUGAGCGACGCAGAGACCGCUACCUGUCCUCGGGCAUUGCCACCACCCACUGCACCAGGCCCCCUACACACAAAUAUGUCAGGGGAGAGAACGGUCCUGGGGGCUUCAUCGUGCUCAAGUCAGCCAGUAACCCCCGAGUCUGCACCUUCAUCUGGAUCCUUAAUACAGAUCUUAAGGGCCACCUGCCCCGGUACCUAAUCCAUCAGAGCCUCGCGGCCACCAUGUUUGAAUUUGCCUUUCACCUGCGACAGCGCGUUGGAGAGCUGGGGGCCGGGGCAUAACUGUGCCCCCUCACCACCCUGCAGGGCAGGGUCCUGUCACCAUAGCCUUCAGAGCCAGAAAGGGGGCCAGCGGGGCUUCCCGGCACCCACAGAGGACCUGGCCUCAAGCACUAGGAAGGAAGACGUUUCCUCUUGGUGCAGCCCCUCGGCCCCUGGCUGCCCCUGACCUCCAUGCUUUGCUGUGCCUGGGAGCCAUGGCCGUGAGCAAGUUGUGCAGUCAGGCACCCCAGUGCCAGGGCUCUGCCGCCGAGGCCAGUGGGGUCUGCUCUGCUGAUGUUUACGCAGUGACUGGCCUUGCCUCCAGGACUAGAUGCAAGAUGCCCUGCCUGGCCCGGGGCAGGAUCUGGAAUGGGAGGGGCAGACCUGGUGGGAGAGCACCAGGGCCCCGAGCAGGACGGAGGUCAGGGCGGCCUGGUCACCUACAUUCAGGUGCAGGAGCCCCUUCAUCUGCCUGCUUUCUCGUCAUGCUUUUUUAGGAUUAUUUAAAGGGUCUGGGACCUUUUUCCCAUGCACUUGUUGGGGAACGGGUGGCAGGUGGGGUCGGCGGGUGCUGGCAGUGAAUGUCUGCCGUUCCCGGUUUCUCUCCCUCCCCCAGGGUUCCUUGGGGACCUUUGUAAUUUGAGCCAAUUAUUAAAAAUGAACUCAAAAAAAAAGGAAAGAAAAGCAGCCCCUCCUUCCUGGCCUCUAGAGGGAAGGGGGGCAGCACUGUGGAGGGGGUGACAGAGCCAGACCGCUCUCACACCCUUCUGGAGCCGGCAGGAGGGCCGAGCAAGGGGAGUCCCCAUUCUGGGAGGCCCCUGCUUUCCUGACUGGUCCAACUGGACAGAUGACUGGUCAGAGGAAAAUGCCCCAGCCCUCAGCCAGGCCUCCUGGGAGGGAAGGUAAGUGGAAAGUCUCCUGCCCAGGAACUUGGGGGAGGUGGGAGAGGCCCCGCAGCAUCCGUGGCAGGCCUUGACUGUCCUUGGGAUCCCACAGUCAGUCUGGGAGUGGGGCCUGGGCUUCUGGGUCACUGAGGCACCUCUGGGAUCUCUGUUUCUCUGGCUCCACUCACCUGCCUCCUCUGCCCCAGCACACUCACCAGGGGCAGCACAGUGGGAUCGCAGGCAAUGGCCAGAGCAGUGCAGGGCCACCGCCAUCCCAGCCAUCCCUGCCCUCCCUUCCUCCUCCCUCUCUCCCUCCUCCCUCCCUGCCUGCAGGCUUCCGAGGGGGCAGCUCAGCUAGCUUGGAGCCAGGACAUGGGCAGGGCGUCCUAGCUUGGUCUGGCCAGGUAUGUGACCCUGGGCAGAUCUUCUCUAGGCCUCUGUAUCCUACUUUGUCAAGACGAGACUCGUUAUGUCAGAGGGCUAUCCUGAGAUAAAAGCAAGAAUCAGAGCUAGUGCUUCAGUAAUCAGGAGGAUGUGGUUCUGCCCCAGGUGGGCACCCGCGGGCCUUCCCAGCUGCUGGUGGGAACCUCCCGAAGGGUCUCAUUUCAGCUCCUGUAUGGCCUAUUCCUGCACCCUUUGCUGUGUCUGUCUCCUCG